AUGGCCGAGCAGAGAGACCACAAGCGCCCGCGCGUGGCCGCCGACCCCGGCGAGCACCUCCCCGCCGGUAUCACCGAGACCGAAGAGGAACUCCAGAAGCACUGGUUCAUGGGUAGCAUAGACCAGGGCACCACGUCGACGCGCUUCCUCAUCUUCAAUGGCCUGGGCGACCCCGUCGCCAUGCACCAGAUCGAGUUUGAGAACCACUACCCGCACUCAGGAACACCACUACCCCCUUUCUCCAGAUGGCACGAACACGACCCUCUAGAGCUCCUCUCCUCGGUCGAAGAGUGCAUCGAAAAGGCCAUGGCCAAGUUCGCAGAGAAGGGCUACUCGGCCGCCAACAUCCGCGGCGUCGGCAUCACAAACCAGCGCGAGACCACCGUUCUCUGGGACUCGCGGACCGGCGAGCCCCUCCACAACGCCGUCGUCUGGCCCGACACCCGCACCACCUCCCUCGUCCGCGACCUGCGCUCGCGCCCCGGCGCCGACAAGCUCCAGGACCUCUGCGGCCUGCCGCUGUCCACGUACCCGUCCAGCGUCAAGCUCCGCUGGCUCCUCGACAACGUCCCCGCCAUCCGCGAGGCCUACGACGGCGGCUACCUCGCCUUCGGCACCGUGGACUCGUGGCUCAUCUACCGCCUCAACGGCGGCGCCUCCCUCGGCGACGCCGCCAUCCACGUCACCGACUCCACCAACGCCUCCCGCACAAUGUUCAUGAACCUGCGCACCCUCAAGUACGACGACGAGCUCCUCGCUUUCUUCGACAUCGACAAGUCCAAGAUCCGCCUGCCCAAGAUCGUCCCUUCCUCCGACCCCACCGCCUUCGGCAAGCUCGCCUCCGGCGUCCUCAAGGGCGUCCCCAUCGCCGGCUGCCUGGGCGACCAGUCCUCCGCCCUCGUCGGCCAGUGCGGCUUCUCCCCGGGCCAGGCCAAGAACACCUACGGCACCGGCUGCUUCCUCCUCUACAACGUCGGCAACGAGCCCGUCAUCUCAAAAUCCGGCCUCCUCGCCACCGUCGCCUACGACUUCGGCAAGGGCCGCAAGCCAGUCUACGCCCUCGAGGGUAGCAUCGCCGUCGCCGGUUCCGGCGUCAAGUUCCUCGUCAAGAACCUCUCCUUCGUCGAAGACGCCAGCCGCAUCUCCGCCCUCGCCGAGACCGUCCCCGACAACGGCGGAGUCGUCUUCGUCACGGCCUUUAGCGGUCUGUUCGCGCCCUACUGGAUCGACGACGCCAAGGGAACCCUGUUCGGCAUCACGCAACACACUCAAAAGGGCCACAUUGCCCGCGCAACCCUCGAAGCGACGUGCUACCAGACAAAGGCGAUCCUGGACGCCAUGGCGACGGACUCGGGCCACGCCCUCGAGUCCCUCGCGGUCGACGGCGGCCUGUCCAACUCGGACCUGUGCAUGCAGAGCCAGGCCGACAUCAGCGGCAUCCGCGUCGACCGCCCCGCCAUGCGCGAGACCACGGCCCUCGGCGCCGCCAUCGCCGCCGGGCUCGCCCUCGGCGUCUGGGACGAGCUCGAGGACCUCAAGAACGUGAACCAGAACGGCCGCAGGGUCUUCCACCCUUCGCCCGACCGCGAAAAGAACCUCAAGCUGUUCAAGAAGUGGGAGCAGGCCGUCGACAUGUCCAGGGGUUGGGUACGUGAUAACCUCGAGUAA